UCGCCGACUAAGCAGAAGAAAGAUAAAAACGGGAAAGAGAAGCACAAACGGACAUUUUCAAGAACAAUCCCCUCUCCGGCCGACUGGGCUCCAGGACUUCAACUUUGCUACCUGCCCAGGACAAAGACGCGCCGCAGGAGCAGCGGGCGCGAUCCCAGGGCUUGGGCCCCGCCACGGAGCCCCCCACGGCUCGGCUGGCCCGGCUGCCCGGACUUCUCAGACCAUGUCUCCCGCCCCUCGGCCCUCCCGCUGCCUCCUGCUGCCCUUGCUCACUCUCGGCACCGCGCUCGCCUCUCUGGGCUCGGCCCAGAGUAGCAACUUCAGCCCCGAAGCCUGGCUACAGCAGUAUGGCUACCUGCCUCCUGGGGACCUACGUACUCACACACAGCGCUCACCCCAGUCAUUCUCAGCUGCCAUUGCUGCCAUGCAGAAGUUCUAUGGUUUGCAAGUGACAGGCAAGGCUGAUUCAGACACCCUGAAGGCCAUGAAGCGUCCCCGCUGUGGAGUUCCAGAUAAGUUUGGGGCUGAGAUCAAGGCCAAUGUACGAAGGAAGCGCUAUGCCAUCCAGGGCCUCAAAUGGCAGCAUAAUGAGAUCACUUUCUGCAUCCAGAAUUACACCCCGAAGGUGGGAGAAUAUGCCACAUUUGAGGCCAUCCGCAAGGCAUUCCGUGUGUGGGAGAGUGCCACACCCCUGCGCUUCCGUGAAAUACCCUAUGCCUACAUCCGAGAGGGCCAUGAAAAACAGGCCGACAUCAUGAUCUUGUUUGCCGAGGGUUUCCAUGGUGACAGCACACCUUUUGAUGGUGAGGGUGGCUUCCUGGCCCAUGCCUAUUUCCCAGGCCCCAACAUUGGAGGAGACACUCACUUUGACUCUGCUGAACCCUGGACUGUCCGGAAUGAAGAUCUAAAUGGGAAUGACCUCUUCUUGGUGGCUGUGCACGAGCUGGGCCAUGCACUGGGCCUAGAGCAUUCCAAUGAUCCCUCAGCCAUUAUGGCACCCUUUUACCAGUGGAUGGAUACAGAGAACUUUGUGUUGCCUGAUGAUGAUCGGCGAGGCAUCCAGCAGCUUUAUGGGAGUGAGUCAGGAUCACCUACCAAGAUACCCUCUCAACCCAGGACUACCUCCUGGCCCUCUGUCCCUGAUAAGCCCAAAAACCCCACCUAUGGGCCCAACAUCUGUGAUGGGAACUUUGAUACUGUUGCCAUGCUUCGAGGGGAGAUGUUUGUUUUCAAGGAGCGUUGGUUCUGGAGGGUGAGGAAUAACCAAGUGAUGGAUGGAUACCCAAUGCCCAUUGGCCAGUUCUGGAGGGGCCUGCCUCCAUCCAUCAACACUGCCUAUGAGAGGAAGGAUGGCAAGUUUGUCUUCUUCAAAGGAGAUAAGCAUUGGGUGUUUGAUGAGGCCUCGCUAGAACCUGGCUACCCUAAGCACAUUAAGGAGUUGGGCCGAGGACUGCCUACUGACAAGAUUGAUGCUGCUCUCUUCUGGAUGCCCAAUGGAAAGACCUACUUCUUCCGAGGAAACAAGUACUACCGUUUCAAUGAAGAGUUCAGAGCAGUGGACAGCGAGUACCCCAAAAACAUCAAAGUCUGGGAAGGAAUCCCUGAGUCUCCCAGAGGGUCAUUCAUGGGCAGUGAUGAAGUCUUCACUUACUUCUACAAGGGAAACAAAUACUGGAAGUUCAAUAACCAGAAGCUGAAGGUAGAGCCAGGCUACCCCAAAUCAGCCCUUCGGGAUUGGAUGGGCUGCCCAUCAGGGGGCCGGCCAGAUGAGGCUGCAGAGGAGACAGAAGAGGCAGAGGUGAUCAUCAUCGAGGUGGACGAGGAAGGCAGCGGGGCUGUGAAUGCAGCUGCCAUUGUUCUGCCUGUGCUGUUGCUACUCUUGGUGCUGGCAGUGGGCCUUGCUGUCUUCUUCUUCCGACGCCACGGGACCCCCAAGCGACUGCUCUACUGCCAGCGCUCCCUGCUGGACAAGGUCUGACCCCCACCGCUGGCUCACCCACUGCUACCUUGAGGACUUUGCUUGUGAAGGCAGUAGCAGCAUGUGGUAGUGGGUGGGUUGUUCCCACUCAUCCUGAGCCCCUUCCCUCCAGCCUCCCUUCUGUAUCCCCUGUCUGGCCUUUCCCACCCCUCACUCCUGGCAUCACUUCUUCCCUAGGCCUUCCCUGAGGACUCAGUUGGGGUCCCUUCCAGCCUCAGGGGAGCCUUGUAGCUUGGUAUGUGUUCAGCCUCUUUGUGAAUGUCAUGGGGGUUCUACGCUUGAAGGCAGGACCCUCAGACCUCACUGGCAAAGGUCAAAUGGGGUCAUCUGCUCCUUUUCCAUCCCUGGACAUACCUUAAACCUCUGAACUCUGACCUCAGGAGGCUCUGGGGACUCCAGUCCGGGAAGCCUCAGGUGUCCUCAAUUGGCAGUCUCCAGCCAUUCUUUGGCUGAUUGGAAUCAGAUCUUCUUGUGGGGAGGGUGAAGGUCCCUGAGAACGUGAGGGGGUGAGGAUUGCUCCAUCACCUUAAGACCUUGGCAGGUAAAUUCAAAGAGGUGUUUGGUGGCUUGCUCAGUCAAGAUCCACAAAGAGCUCUCUCUGCCUUUCCCUCCCAGGAAAACUUCCAAAGCAAGUGCCUUAGCCAUUAAGGACUAAACUGGGGCUGAAGGAGUCUUUGGCAGCCCUAACCCCUCUCGAAUGUUAGCCUUGGGUGGGAAUCUCAAGAUUGGAAGAGCUGAGGAGUGUAGCCUAAGGUAGAGUGGGACCAAAGAGAGAUGCUUGUGUCUAGAGCCCCAGAGAUGGGCCUGGAGAGCCUUGUUCAAAUGCAGGCACCUGGGGCUGGGACCCAAGGGCAGAGUAACCAAAGGAGACAGGAAGUGAAGUGUGGCAGCAGUGUAUGGUUAGGGGCUGGGCAGGCCACAAGGGCACUACCAGGUGGAUUGGGGUACCCAGGGGAGGGUACAUUUUGUUGGAGCUCUCAGGACAGGAGACUCGGGACCUUACUGAGAGAAGUAACGUAUUUGUGGGACCAGAGAAGGCCUCAGAGACCUGGAAAUGCUCAGUCAGUCUCACUACCCCAGUGAGGGGCAGGUGCCUGGCUAUGUCUUGAUGAGGUGGACCCUUUCCUAGGUACCCACAUGCCUCAGCCCAUCUUACCCGUGGUGUACUGUCCUCCUCCUUCCCACCCAGCCCAUCCAUUUGAAGUCUCCUUCGGCCACCAAAGGUGGUCAUGGUACUGGGGACUUAAGAGUGAGAGACCCUGUGGAGGGAGCGAGAGAAGAGGGAUG